CACGCAACAUCCCGUGACACCGCCCACCAGGCGCCAGGCGGCUGAGUGAGCCACCGAAAUGAGAUAGCUGGAAACCGCGGUUGAAGCGUAUAGGUACGGGUAAGGAAGGCAUUUUGCAGUACUACCUUUUUACCAAAACAGUCCCGGAAGAGGAGCCGCGUUGUCUCCGCCCCGCUGCCGUCUCCUGCUCCUCCUCCUCGUCGGUACCCUGAGCUCAGUCAGAGAGUGUCAUCUGUCAAAGAGAGAUUUGAAACGAGGAGAAAGUGAGCCGGCGCGGAGAGGGACAGCGGACCGGCUUCUUGGGCUGCAACUCCUGUUCCUUCUGUUAAUGCCACAAUGGAGUUGGUUUCCCAGCUGGUCCGGCUGCUCCGGGAUUUACAAGACCCACACAAAGUGGCCCGCUUCCAGCAGCUUUGCGGAGUGAGAGGAUCAUUCGCAGGGCAGCCCAGCCUUUCUAAUGGGAGCUGCCCCCGCCAGCCCCACCAGGAGCGAACAGACGAAGCCGACGGGCUCCGCGGCAGGAUAGUCGAAAGCCACUCGCCCCAGGUGAACGGGACGGAUCGAGAAACGUCCGCGAUUAGGCAAGAGGACAGCAGCGAUCUUGCGAAGCAGAAGCCACGGCGCCGAAACUCGCUGACCGGUGAAGGUGGCCAGGAGUUCGUCAUCGACAAUGCUUUUCUGUACUAUCUGUUCACCUUCGGGACAGAGCUGGGCAAUGAGCUCUUCUACAUCACUUUCUUUCCGUUCUUCAUGUGGAACAUCGACGCCUACGUGAGCCGGCGCCUCAUUGUCAUCUGGGUGUGGGUCAUGUACCUGGGACAGUGCACCAAGGACAUCAUCCGCUGGUCUCGACCGCCGUCUCCGCCAGUGGUCAAGGUGGAAAUGUUCUACAACUCUGAAUACAGCAUGCCAUCCACUCACGCCAUGUCAGGCACUGCCAUCCCAUUUUCACUCUUCCUCCUCACGUACGGGAGGUGGCAGUAUCCCUUCAUUUUUGGACUACUUUUGGCAUUGUGCUGGUGCUUCUUGGUCUGUACAAGCCGGAUCUACAUGGGAAUGCACUCUAUCCUGGAUGUUAUUGCCGGGUUCCUGUAUAGCAUUCUUAUAAUGGUGAUUUUUCAGCCAGCACUGGAAAUCAUUGAUAACUUCAACUUGACCUGUACCUAUGCUCCUCUUAUCAUUAUCAGCCUGCACUUGGCUAUGGGGCUUUUCUCAUUCACACUGGACACUUGGAGCACAUCAAGAGGGGACACUGCAGAAAUUUUGGGCACAGGGGCUGGCAUUGCUUGCGCUUCCAAUCUAAACUACAUGCUGGGACUGAUGCCUGACCCUCCUGUGUCCCUGCUGCCGUUAGCAGUGCCAGCCAUCACUACAGGUCUGGUUGUCAAGUGUGGCACACGUUUUCUACUGGGAGUUGUCAUACUUCUGGUCACCAGGGCGAUCAUGAAGGCCAUCACCAUUCCACUGGCAUGUCGAAUCUUCCACAUCCCCUGUGAUGACAUCCGAAAAGCUCGUCAGCGCAUGGAAGUAGAACUGCCCUACCGGUAUAUUACUUAUGGCACAGUGGGCUUCACUGCUCUUUUUGUGGUGCCCGUUAUCUUCAGGGUUCUAAAUUUGUCUUGAUGUCUGUGGAGACCCUUUUGUCCCUCAUUUCACACUUGAAAUGCAGCUGAGACAAUUACCUGAGCACUCAGCUGGUGUUUAGUGAACUAAAGCCACUACUAAGGCCUGCAGAAUUGAUAAUUUGGUUUGCUCUUCUUUUUAAGGCAGUAUAAGCACCAGCCUAAUGAAAUAUACACAGCAUAUUGCUUAGAAAGCAGAUCUUAAGUUUCCAGCCAGCCUGCUUGCUAACAUUUAAAAAUUAAGUCUUCGGUUGACACCCGAGACAGGGAAUCAAUCUGCAUCUUGAUAAACAGAAGCUGCGUCCGUCAGCUGCUUCAUUUUGUGCCUUUUCGUUAGCAACUAUUACUGAAUUAAAGCCGCCGAGUGUGAGCAGACUAUGCUGGGUUUCAGGCAGAAACCCAAUUAGCACAUCAUUUUUUCCUGUUGCAGCAUACAGCACCUCUGACAGGCUCCAAUGGUACGAUUCAGGGUUCACCAAAGACUGAUCAGUAAGUAGCCCUCCUCCCAACACCAUCUUUUUCCAUUUUUGGAGGUUUCUCUGUUUUUAAACUGUGGUUAUGACAAAAAAAAAGGCCAAAGUCUUCUGAUGUAUAUAGAGUCAUUUAAGCUCGCACUCUGAAAAGCUUUGGUUUUCCCUAAACUACAUAUGAAAAAAAUCAAGGAAAUCCAUGGUCUUUUUAAACUUUAUGGGGCUAAUACCGGAAUAAAUAAAGCCAUGGUGAGAUGAACAAUGGAAGCAAUCAAUGCAAUUCUAAAUUUAUACUUUGUGUUUUAGCCCUGCAUGUAAAAAGCAGGUGAGUAAGACAACACGUUUGAUGACUUUCCUUAGUUUCAUGGGUUUGUCUGCUGCGAAUCCUAAUGUCCAUCAGGGUCGGCUUACUGUCUGUAUAUGAUGUGCAUGGAUAUCCUGAAAUUGAGUUGCCAGGCUCAAUGAUUCUUCCUGCAUCUGGAAGUAAAGCAGGGUCAGAAGCUGGAGCCCAAAAUGGAUUAUAUAAAAGCACACUUGCGAUGAGAUCACCCCUUCAAUUAUUUAUGGAAAAAAAAACAUUGUACCCACUGCUGACAACCAUCCCUGCAUUCUUUCAGCCUUUUUCUGAAGAUUAAAUUAUCUAUAGGAGGACCACAUACCAGAGACAUUUGUUUUGGGGGAGGGGGGGUUUGGGGGGCUUGUUGAAGCUUUACCUGCUUGUAAGAGCUGUACUGUCUAGAUUAACCAUUAGCAGUCAUGCAUUGAAACGGUACAUACAGUUUGUUUUCAACAGAAAAAAAAAAACUAUUUUAAUGUGUUAAUCUUUCCAGGCACACAUAAUUGUUUUCUACUUGGAAUGUAAUAAGUCUUUAACCACUAAUGCCGUGGAGGCAUCUUCUGUUCUUUGUUUUAAUGUAUGUUCCAUAUUAUGUACUGUAUAUGUUGCCAUGCACUUAAUACUCAGUGCUAACUGAUUUCAUAAACUGUGGAAAACCUGAAAGAAAAGAAUAGAAGCCACAGAAGUGUACCAGA